AUGGAAAAAAUUAAAAAUGAAAAUACUUUACAAAUUAUUAAUGUCUCACUCCAGAAAGAUCAACCAAAGUCGUGCCCUGCUUGUAACAAUGGUGACAUACCGUUUGGGGCACAUACUUGUAAUAUAUGCAAAGUAGUAGUACAUGCACUAGAUAACUGUUCGUUAACUUAUGAUGAAGAAGGAUACGGGCAGAAACGAAUUUGCAUUCCUUGCUCUCUAUUGGAAGGCUCGCAAAACAUUCUCGCCACAAGAGAAACGGAAAAUUGGCGAGGUUUAAAUAAAAACAGAAAACGCAAAGCAAGAUAUUUAGAUGACCCUUGCGGUAUACAAGAUGCUUUAACAUGGAGAAGUGCGAAGCUCCUUAUAAUGAGAAACGGUAGCUCCACAGAAUUACAAGCGGUAAAAAUAGAAGAUCAAAAUUAUUGCUUUAUAAACACUUGUGCUUUUGACAGCGUGCUGCAAAUUGUCCUUGCCGCCUUGUCAGAUUACAAAGAUUUCGAAACCGAGAUACGUAAAAUCGAGAAUAAUAAGUUAUAUGAAAUGGCGCUAGAUAUUUUAGAAAAAGGAAUUAGAGCGUACACGUAUAAAUUACGUGCACAAAUAUUAUUACCUUUUUCUAAACCUCGAAACGUACAAUGUGGAAAUUGCAUUCAAGUAAAUUGUCAAACUAAUGUAGGCUACUUGGCAAGUCAGCUUUUCAGGAAUAGUCCAAGUUUCGAAGAAAAUUCUAUAUGCGAUAAAGGAUGUCCAGUCAGAUCAAAGUCAUUGCCUGUCUCUCAAAUUGACUACAAUCACUUAUUACAAGCAGAUAAUUACAAUAUAAUAAAAAACAAUGUCCUAUUAAAAGGAAGUAAGAAAUGUUAUCGUGAAAAUUGCACAGGUUUUGAAACAACCAAACUGUGUAAAAUAGGUAAUUAGAAUCGUAUUACUUCCAAACAGAUUCCUUUUAUGUAAUUAAAAUACAUAUUCAAGUAUAUAAUACAUAACAAUUAUGCAAAUUAUACACAGAUAUAAUUUCAGUUGAUUAUUCUCGCGCGCGCGCACACGCGCGCACGAACGCACACA